GGUGGGUGAGUGAAUGAGUGGGUGGAUGAGUGGGCGUGUAAACAUCGCCACUGGAGGGACAGAAGCCGACCGGGCGUGGCCCACCCACCCCCUCGUGCGUCCACAGUUCCGGCUUUUAAAUAGGCUGCUGCUCGCUAACAGCACUUGCCCCUCCAGCCUGUCUCAGGCUACACGGGGGGCCUUUGUCUCUGUAGUAGCUGUGUAAGUAGCGCGUUGCGCGCCGCGUUUAGCCGCCCCACGCUCCCCUCUCACUCCGAGGAAACGAGAAGAUGCCAGGUGUAGUCGGCACUUGGCUUCGUUCGUCAAUUCGCUUUUUUUUCAAUGCUUUGCUUGAUGUGCCAUGCCCCCCCCCCCCUUUUUUAAAUGAAUGAUUUCACAAAAGACUUCACGCUCUGCUCUCCUCCUUCUCGUGCCGGGCGCUGGACGCGGGGCGGUGAGUCCGCUCCUCCCCCCUGUGCCAGGCUCCGGAUUUUUGUCUCUGCGCCCGAUGGAGGCGUUCGUCAAGCGAGAGAACGAAGAGGAGAGGCCGCCCCGGGCGGAGCUGCGGGCUGAAGUGACGGCACGCGGCAGCGAUGAGGCUCCCAUUCGGAUCAAAGAGGAAGAUGACCGGUGCCCACCGACUGCUGCUGCUGCUGGCGCUGGUGGUGGUACUGUUGGAGAGGACAACCCGACCGUCAAAGAGGAGGACCUUCACAUCAUCGAGGUGGACUUCCAGACCGAGGGAGAAGUCGCCCAGCACCUGAUGGUGGCCGACGGCUCCUCCUCCUCCGUGGCGGUGGUGGAGCCAGGGGGAGGGUCGUGGCUCUCGCCGGAAAGACGCCGGGUGGAUUCGGCGCGCGUGGCGGAGAUCGAGGUGGUGCUGGAGGGGGACGACGACGAUGCAACAGAAGAGGCUGACGAUGACGACGACGAUGCCACGCCCCGAAGUCGCUCGACUAAGACGGCCAGGAAGGGGUUUGUGGGAACGUUCGGCCUGCGGGCGCCACCGCUCCACCGCUCGACACUCCGCGGCGACCUCUGGGCUCACCAGGGCAACCUCCAGAUUCCCCCGGGGGGCGACCUUCGGACCUACCAGGGCGACCUCCGGGGUCGCCAAGGCAACCUCUGGGGUCGCCAGGGCAACCUCCGGAUUCACCAGGGCGACCUUCGGAUUCACGAAGGCGACCUCCGGGCUCGCUGGGGCGACCUCCGGGCCCCGGUCUCCGUUCCGAGCCACGGCCGAGACGCGGCAGGGAGCCGCCGCUCGGCGAGGAUCAGGAGGCGCCGCGUCGUUGCGCUUCCGCCGCGGACUCUGGGGAGAGCCCACGAGGUGUCCGGCGACGAACGGGCGGACGGGCGCUUCAACGACGACGCCGCCGCCAGUGGUGGUGGUGGUGCUGCUGGUGCCAAGGAGGAGGUGAAGAAGGAGGCGGAGGAGCGAGUUGUCGCGCCCAGCACCUUGAGAAUCUCGGACCCGGAGGUGGCGCUCGUGUUUUUCCUGGCGCUCGUCCUGCGCGCGCUGCUGGGCGCGGCGGAGAUGCGACGGAGGGCCGACCGCGCGCGGACGAGGAGGGCGGCGGCGGCGGACGCGGCCGUGGCGUUCCGCGGAGGAGACGGCGGCGGCGGCGGCGGCGGCGGCUUGGAUCGGCUGAACGAGAUACUCGGCAGGCGGCGAGCGUCCAGAAGGAGAAUCCUUCACUAUCUGUUCCAGCGCAAGCGCAGGGCUUCCGUGUGGACGCACGUCCGCUCCUCCGACUGGUGGGAGCGGGAGGCGAGCUCCUUCACGGACGCCCAGUGGCUCCGGAGCUUCGGCUUGUCACGCGACGCCUUCGCCGGGGUCUGCAGCGCCCUGGGGCCCGCGCUGCAGAGGCGCGACACGACCUUCCGCCUGUGCGUGCCCGUCGACAAGAGGGUGGCCAUGGCCCUGUGGAAGCUGGCGAACGGCGGCGGCGGUGGCGGCGGUGCUGGCUACAAGGGCGCGGCGCAGCUGUUCGGCGUGAGCGUCACCACGGUGUGGCGCUGCGUGCAGGAGUUUUGCAGCGCCGUCUCCCAAUCGCCGAGCGCAGAGCGGCUGGCGCAAAUGACCCAAGGAUUCCACCGGCGAUGAGAGGGCAGGGGCGGAGCCGAAGCCAGGGGCGGAGCCAGAGGCAGGGGCGGAGCCAGAGGCAGGGGCGGAGCCAGGGACGGGGCCAGAGCACACUCCGUCCACCACGCGACCAAGUCAUUUACAUCCGUGGGACAUGCGCGGUCAAUAAUUAUUACGUUUGAGGGUCAGAAGUGUUUUUCGACACCCCAGGUGCAGCAACAGACACCAAAGUGAGACGAAUUUUUGGGAGUUUGACGCGGACAGUUUGGCCUUCACUUGGCGGCGCGAGGGUGGCACGCUCGCGUCGUCGGCGUGUAGCCGACCCCAUGCCGUAUAGGUCAGUCCCAACGCAUAGCCCCUGCACGGUUCCCUUGCUGGUAACUCCGUGGGCUGAACCGCUGCCGUCGUCGCUGGCGUUCCCGGGACAGUUGGCUUACAACGGGCCGCACCCGAUGGGGUCCUUUUGAGGUAGCCUUGACAAUGCGUCGGCGUUUCCGUGUUUUGAGGCCCUUCCGAUGUGUAAAUCUGAUACGAGUCCUCCUGCAAUUCUCAUAGCCAAGCGCGCCAGCUGAACCCGACGGCUGUUCUGUGCGCAAGGAGGACUGGAACGCGGUGUGAUCGGUGCAUAUAGGUAGGGUCUGUACAGCUGAACGAAGUGCACUACCGCCAGCAGUUCUCUGAGAGUUACGCAAUAACACUGCUCCACCGGCAAUAGGACGCGACGACCGGAAGCAAUCACUUCAACCCCAACCUACAGCUGAGAGAGGACAGCCCCUAUCCCCAGAUCACAGGUGUCCAUGUCCAAGAUGAAGGGCAGGGAGAAGUCUUGGGUAUGCUAGGGGUGGGGCAUUUGCGAGCCGAUCGCGCAGCGUGACAAAGGCCGUUUCUUCCUCUACCCCCCAAUCAAACAAUGGAACCCACCAACUCACACACGCACCCACCCACACAUUCAUCCACCCACUCGCACAAUCACCCACCCACACAUUCAUCCACCCACUCACACACGCACCCA